CGGACUUUAUGAUCUCACCAGAAUUUUGUUUUCCCCUUCGAAAGACAUAUUCAGGAUAGUUAGGAAUUGUCAAUUAUGCUCGCUCCAGCCCAGCGCGCUUUCCCACGCGCUCUUUGCGUGCGUCCAUCGCAAGCCUUGUACACCCCUCGAAUUCAGCAAGCAGCAUGGAUCUCGACAUCUUCAAUCAGGUCGGCAACGGCUCUUGAGCGGCAAGAUAAUUCCGGUCAAUCGCUCACAGCCUCUGGCAAGGUCCGGAAGGAGGUGCCUUUACCGAGCCAGGAGAAGAAGGAGGGUGCAAUGCAAUAUGUCCUGACUACUCUCGAUCAAGUUGCCAAUUGGGCUCGCCAGAGUUCCCUGUGGCCCAUGACUUUCGGCCUGGCUUGCUGUGCUGUCGAAAUGAUGCACUUGUCCACACCUAGAUACGAUCAGGAUCGUCUCGGAAUUAUUUUCAGAGCUUCGCCACGACAGUCCGAUGUCAUGAUUGUUGCGGGUACAUUGACAAAUAAGAUGGCACCGGCUCUUCGGCAAGUUUACGAUCAGAUGCCUGAUCCACGCUGGGUUAUUAGCAUGGGAAGCUGUGCAAAUGGUGGCGGCUACUACCACUACAGCUAUUCUGUUGUUCGAGGAUGUGAUAGAAUUGUACCUGUUGAUGUCUAUGUCCCGGGCUGCCCCCCUACCUCCGAGGCACUGAUGUAUGGAAUCUUCCAGCUCCAAAAGAAGAUGAGGCAUACAAGGAUAACCCGCAUGUGGUAUCGCCGUUAAAUUUGUUGUGAAUGCUCUGCCUAUUUAGGAUUGUGAUAAGUAGUUCGGAAGGAGGGAUGUGAGAAUAGAUUUCUUAUUGCCAAGUUCUGUAUAAAUUUCAUCAAAAUGAAAUCAACCCAUCAAAUUUCUUUUCCAUUGGCGUUCGCGACGUGCACCUGAUCUGAUAGUUGUAAUUUUUAAGAUUUAGUCCACAUGAUGUUGGUCUCCAGCUGCUUAUUGCUCUGCAAGCUCCCCUUAAACAACAAGCGGUAUGUUGAAUCACAAAACAACUCAUCCUCUAAUAGUUCAUUUACAGGAGUGACGGCGCUUGAGUCUCACUGGGGGGUAGGCAUUAGCUUAGCUCUAUAGCUCUAGUAAG